AUGGCAGCGACGACGCUGCACUCGAGACUGACGGAUGACCUGUCCGGUCUCCUCGGGACGCUGGGGAAGAAGCGCCUGACGGAGCUCAAGAAGCACAAGGGCGCCGCACCACUGAAGCCGCUCGAUGCCGAUGACCUCCGGAGCAAGGUCGACGCCAUCUGGAGCAAGAACCACGACGAGGGUCCGUCAUCUCGGAGACCGGAUGUGAUUCGAGGUACCAUGGACGUCGUUGGGCGGGACCUCGCCCUCCGGCCUGUAGUUUCCGGCGAGCUCUCCGAACCUGAGUAUGGUGCGAGCGAGAAGGAGCAGGCAUCGUUUCAGACUGCGCUGCAGGACCGACUCGACGUUGUUCUGACGCUCUACGAGGCAGUGUACGCGACGCACGCCGAGGCGCUGCUCGAGCCGGGAGCGAUCUUUAUCCCUCUGCUCGAGGAGUUCGUCGAGCUGCUCAGCGUCGAGACGUGGCACUCGUUCUUCUCCUACUUCGAGACGAGGGAGAAGCGGUUCACGCGCGACAUGCCCGCCUCCAAGGGCAAGGCGUUACCGCUUCUGCGAACGAUCAACACCUUCCUCCGGACACUCAGCAGCACCCCGGCGGACCUGCAGCUGCGCGGCCGUGUGCAGCUCUUCGCGAGCCGCGCGAUCAGCGUCAGCGACAAGAGCGCCAUCAACAUGCGCGGAGAGUACAGCGGCAUCCGGACGACGUGGGAGGAGACGCCGGAGGAGACGGCUGCGGGCGCAGACGGUGACGUCGAGAUGGACGGCGGCGCGGCAAAAGGCGAGAAGGGAGAGAAGAGCGAGGACGACAAGUUCUACAACACGCUUUGGAGCCUGCAACAGUACUUUGCGCACCCGCCGAGUCUGGAUGGUCCGGCGACCGGGGAGCCAGCGCAGACGCCGUUCGAGCGCUUCCGAAGUGCGAGCGACGAAGUGCUCGAGCGUCUCUUCGCGGAGACGGCGCGGGAGCGCGCAAACCCGACACCCAAGGUCGACCGGGGACCCGAUGCCGAGACCGAGGUCGUGUUUCCGCGAUAUCUGACGGCACGCGCUCUGCUGCGGCACGAGCUGGCCGACAUCGGUUUCCGGCGGCAGGUUCUGCUGCAGUACUUCAUCCUGUUCCAGUUCCUGCUGAACCUGACCCCAGGCGUUGCGAGCAAACAGCAGGCGACGGGCGGUAUGCCGAAGUCGUUCAUUAUCGAUGACGACGCGGCGAGGUGGAUCAAGAGCACAGUAUCCCGCAUCCGCGACGAGCUGAAGCGCAUCGACAGCACAGACGGGCUGCGCUUCGAGGAAACCGUCGUCGAGUUGAUGAACCGCGAGCGGCGCUACGCGCAAUGGAAGAAUGACGGAUGUCCCGAGGCAGACUGGGCGAUCGCCCCCGUCCCGCCGACUGAGGGCAAGGCGACGGCGCGCAAGUGGGAGCGGCAGUCCAAGCCACCCCGCCCCUGGCCUUACAAGCAAGGUACGCCGACGCUGACCCGCCUCUCCGAGACGAGCUUCAAGGGUCUCGGCGACUUCAAGAAGAAGACGAGACAGACAGUCUUCGAGCUCGAGGAGGAGUAUCGCCGCCUCGAGGCUGAGGAGGAGGACGACAAGGCCAUGGGCCGCGAGCCCCCAGAGAACAUCAAGAGGCGCAAGGAGACGAUCCGAUGGCUCGCCCUCCGCCAGGCGCGCGACACGCACCCCCGCGUCCUCGCCGCCAUGGGCGCGUACGACCUCACCAAGCUCGUCAACCUGAUGCGCGACUUUGACUCUAAGCAAGCUGCUGCUCGCGCAAAGGGACAGAGCGAGGCCGACGCUGAGGCCGAGGUCGCCGCGGAUGCAGAAGGCGGCGACGCUGACGCGGACGUGACUGAGGCAGCCGAGGGCGACGCCGAUGUGCCAGAGGCUGAGGCUGCUGCUGAGGAGCCUGCUGCGGACGAGGCGGCGGCUGAGAAGGAGGAGACCGAGCCUGCCCCGCAAGUGGUCGUGCAGGAGUCAACUGCGGAGACGGAUACCCCGAUGGACACUCAGGAGCAGGCGCAGGCACAGCAAGAGGAGACUCUCCCGGCUGAACAGCCUGUCGAGCGGUCCGCCGAGCAGACCGCCGAGCAGCAGCAGCAGGGCGACGUCGAGAUGGCUGAGGCGGAGGAGCAGGACGAUGAGGGCGACCUCGGCGAGGCCGAGUGA